UGGUUGCCAAGUCCUCACACCUGAGAGCAGACUCCACUGUUUGAGUGUUUGAACAAGCAGAGACAUGCUGCGAGCAAGCAACGUGGGGCUUCCACGCACGUCCAGAGCACACUCCUAUCAGCAAGUGUCAAGUGGUUUGUUUCCUGAAGCUCUGCUUCAUCAGCUCGAAAUGUGGAAGAAGAAGGCCCAUCGACUGGAAAUUUCAGCUCCCGUCAACUUCCAGCACAGGGUCCACACCUCCUUUGACCCGCAAUGCCAGAAAUUUAUUGGCCUCCCCAAGCAGUGGCAGGGGCUGGUGGCAGACGGCGUAGAGCGGCCAAAACCCCUGGUAGAUCGCUCCAUGGUUACGCCUGUGGAGGUGGCACCAUUAAAGCCUGUCGUCCGUGGAAGUGCAUCUGGAAUGAAUAAUUACCUCACGGGGCUGCUGUCUGAUCUGCAGGAACUCUCGGUUACAAGGUCCAACUCUUUACGGAGAAACACCAUUUGCUUUUCCCAGGGGAAAGAGUGGCCGCUGAGGGGAAUCAAGGAAGCUGACACUCAAGAAAUGCUGCAAAAGCACCCUAAUUGUAUGGGGCGUUGGAGCAGUAAUUUCUCUGGAGAUCAAAAAGGAUGUUGUAAAGGGGAGAAUGGAAGUUUCAUGGCUAGGCUGCAUCUGUCAAGGACUUCGCACUUGCAGCAGAAUGGCGGUGGGAUUCACAAGACCAAAUUUAUCCAGAACCUGACCAUCCCCUCACUGGAAUAUGAACGGCAGAGGACAAAGUCUUUCAAUCAGUUACAAAGUCUUUCACCUCAACCAGAGAACCCUGGCGUCCCACCAGACAGAAUUGCCAUAAGACCUGGCUCUCCACAGGGGGUGAGCAGAUUGAGACCGGGGAGAAGAAACAGUGUUGGCUGGAGACCCAUAUCCUGCUUCUUUAUUCAGUCCAGCCCAAAGCAGAGAAGAGAUCAGGGCUCGUGCUCGGGCACCUCCCCUCUGGCACGUGGAACGAAAGGGAACCAACUCAAUGCCACUCCAUCAGCAGACCCCUCACUAGACACUUCAGGAGGAGUCACAGCAACCAGCCAGAAUCAGGCAAACAACCAGCCCAGGAGCAAUGGAGGAAUAUUGCAGAGCAGUGCUGGAAGCCCAGAAGAAACCGUAAGGAGGGGAAGCAGAAAGAAGAAGCUAGGAGCUGUUUUAGCACCAAGCCAAGAAACUCGCCAGACGAGGGGGAGCGUCACCCAGGAACAGUUGAGCCUGAGGGGGAGUAGCACACACACACACAGCUCUCCCCAGCACAGUCCCGCUCCCCCAGAGCAAGCUCAACCCGGAGGAACUAGCAGAGUGACUCACGAGCAAUUCAAGGCUGCCAUGGCAACUGUGGUUAACCAGACUGAUCCCAGGAAGCAUCUUGAGUCCUUCAGUAAAAUUGGGGAGGGCUCCACUGGCAUCGUGUGCGCAGCCACAGAGAAGCAGACGGGCCGAAGUGUGGCGGUGAAGAUAAUGGACCUGCGGAUGCAGCAGCGGCGGGAGCUCCUGUUCAAUGAGGUGGUGAUUAUGAGGGACUACCCGCACGAGCACGUGGUGGAGAUGUACAGCAGCCAUCUGGUGGGCGACCAGCUGUGGGUUGUGAUGGAGCUGCUGCAGGGCGGAGCCCUCACUAAUAUCAUCUUGCAAACCAGGAUGAAUGAGCAGCAGAUCGCCACUGUUUGCCUCUCCAUCUUGAAGGCGCUGACUUACCUACAUUCCCAGGGUGUGAUCCAUAGGGACAUUAAGAGUGACUCCAUUCUGCUGACACUUGAUGGAAGGGUUAAGCUGUCAGAUUUUGGAUUUUGUGCACAAGUGAGCAAGGAGAUUCCAAGGCGGAGAUCCUUGGUCGGCACGCCCUACUGGAUGGCUCCAGAAGUGAUUGCCCGAUUACCAUAUGGGCCAGAGGUGGAUAUCUGGUCACUGGGGAUCAUGGUGAUGGAGAUGGUGGACGGAGAGCCUCCCUACUUCAGUGACAAUCCUGUGGAAGCCAUGAAAAUGGUUCGAGACAACCCUCCUCCCAGGCUGAAGCUGGAACACAAGGUAUCCCUGAUCCUUCGGGACUUCCUAAGCCGUACACUGAUCCACGAAGUGCUGCAAAGAGCUACAUCUGCUGAGCUCCUGAGCCACCUCUUCCUGCUGCAGGCUGGGGCCCCCGACUGCAUGGUGCCUUUGAUCCAACAAUGUAACUAGGGGUGAUGUGACAGGAGAGCGUGUGCUUCAGCAGUGCUGUGAAUAACACGGGGCAGAGAGUGAUCGCUCAGCUCCCGGUUCUGUGCUGUAAUGACAAAGGGCUGGAUUUCUGUCAGUCAUGGAUUCCACAUUUAGGUUGGAAUGAGCCUGAGCCGAAGAAGCUUGUCCCACGGGCCGGCAGAGGUCGGGCUGAUCUCUUGUCCCACAGGCUGGCAGAGGUGGGGCUGAUCUCUUGUCCCACAGGCCAGCAGAGGUGGGGCUGAUCUCUUGGUCCUUCUGGAGCUUGGUUCACUGGUGCCAACUGUCUCCUGCUUUCCUGGAGUCCGCAGGCUGUUUUCAUUCAUUGUUGAGUGGCUCUAUGUGCCCUUUGUUUAAGUGCCCAGUCUCUUUCCUCUCAACUGCAGUCUGAUAGCAACACAGUAAAGGAUGAAGGGUAAUUGCUGUGCCAUUUUACCCAGAGUCUUCCUUCUGGUCAAAUCAUACCAUCGUAAUAAACUGCUCAUGGUGUAGCACCCCCCGGUGUGCUGCUCAGUGAAACUCUCAGCUUGGUACUAGCCUAUGGGCUGCGUGUAGAUCCUGCCUGAUGAAUUAGCAUCUCUCAGUUUACUAAUACCAGCAGCUUGGUGGAUUCCUAUUUGUAACUGAGGAUAGCCCUUUCCCAACCUGCAGCCCCGUGGUGUGCAAGAUCCAGGACAAGUGGGAGCAACUUGAGCUCAAGAGGACACUGGUUGGGCUUGGAGAUGCUGUCCUGGACCAUUGUCCAAUAGGCUGCAAGUUUGAUACUGUGUAAAUCAUAUGUGGGGUGGUCAUCUGGUCAGCAGGCAUAUGCUGCCUGGAUAUUGGUUUAAGAUCUUUGCCUCAGAUUUCAUCUCUCACUAAUACUGAAUCAUGUCUAAGCCCCAUGCAUUUAAGAGGCUUUUAGACAGGUACAUGAAUGUGCAGAGAACCGAGGGAUAUGGACAUUGUGGAGGCAGAAGGGAAUAGUUUAGUUAGGCAUUUAAUUACAAGUUUAAUUAGUUCGGCACAAUGUCUUGGGCCAAAGGGCCACAUCCUGUGCUGUACUGUUCUAUGUUCUAUGUAUUUGAUUAAAAAGCAGAAAUAGCC